AUGCCCUCCUUCGGACGCAUUGGCAGGCUCAGCAAUCGUUCCCAGCACAAUCUGGUCGAGCAGCAGCAGCAGCAGCAACAGCAGGCGAAUGCAUUGCCGUCGCUGCUGACAUCGACCUCGUCGUCUGGCUUUGGUGUUGGCGCUGCUGGCCCUGGAUCUGCCUCUUCUGCCUCUGCCUCUGCAAAUACCCCCCCGUCAGCCUCGUCCACCGCCCUGAGCUCUAGUGAGCCCAUUGCUUUCCAGGGGGACAAUACUACCACUAGCAGCAGAGCAUUGACAGCUGCUGCUCAACAACAAGCGCAACAAAGCAAACAGCAGUAUCAGCAGCAGCAGGUACUAUUACAACAACAACAACAACAACAACAAGCGCAACAACAGGUGCAAUUGCAACAGCAGCAACAAUUUCAACAACAAAUACCACCACAGCAACAUCGCUUACAGGAACAGCGCCCAAGCUCUAUUGUUCAAAAUCAGCAGGUGUCUCCAAAGCACCAGCAGCAGCCAGGCCAACCCCAUCACUACACUACUACUGUGAAUUAUCCUGGUAGCGGUGCUCCUACGUCAAACCACAACCCCACCGGCAACCUUUCCAAUUCAGUGCCUGGUCUUGAUUCACCUGCUACUACUGCCAUCACCGGUGCUGCUUACGCCAAUUUGCGACAGCAGCAACUUCAGCAGCAACAGCAAUCCUCAAAGGGCCAUAGUUCAGAUUUUGCCGAAUCCGUUUCACGCUCACAGUCCACAAGGUACCCCCAGACUUCACCGUCGCAUAACCAGCAAUUCUUCGGUCCCGCUUCAAGCUCUGUUGACAAUCUCCCUGGCACCGUCUCGUCACCCCUCAUCCCGCCCUCACCACCCACUGCUGGGCCUUAUAGCCACCAUCACCAGCAACAACACCAAGGUCCCACCGAGACAAAGCAGUCCACCCGGAAAUUGAUCAAGAAGAUCCUUCACGGAGCAUCCGCAAGUAAGGCAGCGGCCUCCUAUUCCUCUGCUGAUCCUCGCCAUCACCAGUCUCAGCCUUCUUACGACAAUACCAGUGGUGGUGCAUCCCGUCGGCCCUCGAAGCGAGCGAGCAACGCCUUUCCACCAAACCUCCGCGCUAGCGUAUCCCUGGAGCAACAGCAAAUUCCUGACUGGCAGCAGUCACCGCAGCAGCAGCUAUCCUCUCUGCAGACUUCACCUCUUCAAGACGUAGGAACAUCCACUGACCCUUAUUCCAAACAUCACGAGAGAACUUUACCUGACGCAGAGCUCCGCUUGCAGACACCCCAAUCUCAGGGACCACAACCUCCCCGCCCCCGCCCCCACUCAAGCUCUAUACGACAGGUACCCGCCAGCGCAGACUAUAGCCCUGAAGACCUGGCUUUCCAGCAACAGCAGCAGGCUCAAGCUAUAGCACAAGCUCAGCAGCAGCAGCAGCAGCAGCAGCAGGAGCAACAGCGAUACGCGCAAGUUGCCAGUGAUUCUACCCCGUCUCAAGAACAGUACCGGCAAUACGCGCAUUCUCGAGUCCAAAGCCAAUCCCAAGUUCAGCAGGGCACUCCACCGAGACUCUAUACUAGUCACCUUACGUCUCAGCAGUCCAAUCCGGAGACAAUAUCUCAACUUUCGUAUGAUUCGCCCGUGAUCGAGUCGGAUCAGCGAUCUCAGAACUUCCAGUCAACACAGACGUCGCCCGCCGUCAACUAUCCACAACAGGAACGCUCAGCCCCCCUGAGCCAACAACCUGCUUCACCGUCACCUACAAUCGCACAGCCAUCACCCAUGGCGCCCCCUUCCGGAGGCCCCUCGAGCCGAAGAUCAGGUGAGAACGAUAAGUUGCGAGGCACCAGCAUCGAGCCUCCUCAAGGCCCCCCGCCAAACUACCGGCAUAGUCAGACUUUAAACACCAUGAGCUCCCUACCGCCUACCCCUGGCCCUGCGCAGGCCAAUCGCGAAUUCCGGGCGAGCAAUGUUCCCGACAGACAGGCGCAGCAACAACAAUUCGAUGGCGGCAACGAAGCUGGACGCGACAGCCCCCAACCCACUGCUGGGACAGAAGGCCAAGCAGACCCAGAGAAACAGUUUAAAGACCUGCUUACUAAAUACAAGAAUGUCAAGCGACUGUAUUUUGACGGCAAAAGUCAGAUCGAGCAGCUGACCAGCCAGGUGGAACAAUUACAAAAUGCAGUUGCCAACCAGCGCAUUUCGCAAUCCAGGACAGCGCUGGACGAUAGCGAGUAUGCAACACGCUUCAACCGCUUGAAUGGCGCAAUCAACAAUCUGGCCUUCAACAUCCGCAAAGAUUGGGCGAGCUUGCCACCAUGGGUCAGCGGCUACGUCAGUCCUGAGGCGAUCAAAACUGGCAAGCAAGAGAUGACUGCAGUGGGACGUGCCGUUAUCACCCAGUGGAUCGUGGAUGAGGUGUUCAACAAGUGCUUCCAUCCCGGGCUUGACCAGGGCCUGAGCCGCCACCUCAAAGAGAUUGAGCACAACAUUCGCAGGUUCUCGUACACACUCAACAGCCAGGAGGAGUUUGAAGCCUUGACUUCCAAGGUUGUCAGUUGGCGAAUGGCAACUCUUGAAGGACUUCAACAUACCCUGCAGUCUGUCGAGAGCCAGAACGGCCGUGUGGCCUACACAAAGUCCUGUAAUGAGAAGCUGAACAAGUACAUCCUUGACCAUUUGGCAGAUCCUAAACCGGCCGGAGUGGAAGGCAGCGUGACCAUGAUUAUCGAGCUAGCUGUUGGAAUAGCCGCAAACCUGUCACUCGAGUCCCGCGACGUGGCAGUUACAUAUCCGCUACCAGGUGACUCGAUAAACCCGGAAUUCAUGGAACUUGAGAAAGCAGGAUUGCCACCAUUGCCGGAUAGUGACGAUGGGGAUGAUAGUAGCCCAGACGGCGACAAAUCCAAGAGGGAGAAGACAAAGAGCGGUAUGUUGAAUUUAUUGGGAGGCGCGCCGCCUCCAGGAAGCCGGAAAAGCAGCGUCGUUUCGAGUACUGACAUGGACGCCUAUUCAGCAGCAGCAUCGUCGUACCCGGCCAAGGAUCCGACCAAGGUCCGUUUUGCAGGUUUUGUGGCAGUCGAGGUCCGGGGCAGGCAAGUUUUGGUUAAGGCUCCAGUCUGGAACCUCGGCUAG